AUGGUUGCGGAAUUGGUAUGGAUAAAACCGGAGUACGGACAAGAGCGAGUGCGACUUCUUCAGCCGCCCCUCCGUAAACACACACCCAUCCUCAUCCACUCACUUCCCAUCAUGUCCAACCUUCCCUCUGAACCCGAGUUCGAGCAGGCUCGCAACGAGCUCGCCACGACGCUCGCGCCCUUCCUCGAGCAGAACCCGGAGUACAACAAGGCGUUCGAGAUCAUCCAGAUCCCCGAACGCAUCAUCCAGUUCCGCGUCGUCUGGGAAGACGACAAGCACCAGUCCCAGGUCAAUCGCGGAUACCGUGUCCAGUUCAACUCCGCUCUCGGUCCUUACAAGGGUGGUCUUCGUCUGCACGAGACCGUCAACCUGUCCGUUCUCAAGUUCCUCGGUUUCGAGCAGAUCUUCAAGAACGCCUUGACCGGUCUCAACAUUGGUGGAGGUAAAGGAGGUUCCGACUUCAACCCCAAGGGCAAGAGCGAUGCAGAGGUGAGGCGAUUCUGCAAGGCUUUCGCUACCGAGCUGCAGCGUCACAUUGGUCCCAACACCGACGUCCCCGCCGGUGACAUUGGUUUCUCCACCCGAGAAGCCGGUUUCGUGUUCGGAACCUACAAGCAGCUGCGAAACGAAUGGACCGGUGUCAUCACCGGUAAGGCUCUCGACUGGGGUGGAUCCAACAUCCGUCCCGAAGCAACCGGCUACGGUCUCAUCUACUACGUCGAACACAUGAUCAACCACGUCGAACAGGCCACCAACGGCUUCAAGGGCAAGAAGUGCGUCAUCUCUGGUUCGGGCAACGUCGCUCAAUACGCUGCGCUCAAAAUCCUGGAACUCGGAGGAACGGUUCUGACGCUCUCCGACUCCAAGGGAUCCCUCGUCUCCAAGGACGGCAAGGGUUUCACCGCCGAGAUGAUCCAAAAGAUCGCCGAGAUCAAGUACAACCGCGGAGAGCUGGAAUCGUACGGCAACGCAUCGGGUGCUCUCGAAUGGCACUCUGGCGCACGACCCUGGAAGCUGGUCUCCAAGUACGACGUCGCCCUCCCCUGUGCCACGCAGAACGAGCUGAAUGAGGACGAAGCCAAGGCUGCUAUCUCCGCCGGCUGCCGUUACGUCGCCGAAGGAUCCAACAUGGGUCUCGAUCAAGCCGCCAUCGACGUAUUCGAAGCAUCCCGCCUUUCCAACCCCGACUCUGCCUGCUGGUACGGUCCGGGCAAAGCGGCCAACUCUGGCGGUGUAGCCGUCUCCGGUCUCGAGAUGGCCCAAAACUCGGCCCGACUCACCUGGUCGCCCGAAGAGGUCGACGGCAAGUUGAAGGACAUCAUGAAGAACGCCUACGACAACUGCUUCAAGACCGGUAGCAAGUUCCCUGCCAAGAAUGACAAGGUGGCCGACAAGCUGCCCAGCUUGGUAGGCGGCGCCAACAUUGCAGGUUUCAAAAAGGUCGCUGAUGCCAUGAAGCAGCACGGCGAUUGGUUCUAG